UCAUCGGAGUGGCCAUUGUUUUCUUGUAGUGUCGUCCUUCUUCCUCAAGCUUUCACUUACAAUACUCUUCCCAUCAACCCAUGCUCCGCACAUGGUCCUUAUGGGUUUCCUCCGAUCGUAAACCCUAGGCUCUUAAAAGCUUACACAGCCCUUCAAGCAUGGAAACACACUAUGACUUCAGACCCAAAUGGCUUCACUUCUAAUUGGUGCAGUCCUAAUGUUUGUAACUACACGGGUGUGUUCUGUGCACAGGCUUUAGACAACUCUUACGUCUUAACCGUAGCCGGUAUAGACUUAAACCGGGCCAACAUCGCCGGUUAUCUCCCGCUAGAGCUCGGUCUCUUAACCGAUCUCGCCUUAUUCCAUAUCAAUUCCAACCGUUUUGAGGGUCAACUCCCUAAAUCUCUAAACUGCCUCAAGCUUCUUCACGAGCUUGACGUCAGCAACAAUAAACUCUCCGGCGAGUUCCCUUCCGUCGUCUUCUCUUUGCCUUCUUUGAAGUUUCUUGACAUUAGGUUUAAUGAGUUGUACGGCGAUGUUCCUAGCCAACUCUUUGACCUAAACCUUGACGCUCUCUUCAUUAACAACAACAAGUUCCGGUUUAGGCUACCCAAAAACAUCGGAAACUCUCAGGUUUCGGUUCUUGUCUUAGCCAACAACGAUCUCCAAGGAUCUUGUCUACCUCCGAGUUUCUACAAAAUGGGGAAAACGUUGCACGAGGUUAUUCUCACGAAUAGUCAGAUUGGCGGUUGUUUAAACCGGGAAGUCGGUUUGCUAAACCAACUGACGGUUUUUGACGUGAGUUUCAACAACUUGGUGGGUUCGUUGCCGGAAACUAUGGGUGAUAUGAAGAGUUUAGAACAGUUAAACAUCGCAAAUAACAAAUUCUCCGGCCAUAUUCCGGAGAGCAUCUGCCGGUUACCGAAUCUUGAGAACUUUACUUACUCGUAUAACUUCUUCUCCGGCGAGCCACCGGUUUGUCUGAGGCUUCAGGAGUUUGAUGAUCGUAAAAACUGUUUACCUUUAAGACCAAUGCAACGGUCUCCCGCAGAAUGUAAAUCUUUUUCUUCUUAUCCUAUAAAUUGUGCUUCUUUCGGCUGCUCUCCGCCUAGUCCACCUCCUCCUCCACCACCUUCACCGCCACCACCACCAUAUGUGUAUCCGUCGCCUCCACCGCCACCAUAUGUGUAUCCUUCACCACCGUGUACUCUUCCAACACCGGUGCAUUACUAAGGUUUCUGUUGAUAGUAUGUGAUCCAACAGUUGAAACUCCCAUCAGUUUAGUUAUUGUGUUCUACGUUAUGUAACGCUAGUAGUGUUCACUUUAAAUUGUUCUUGUCUCACUAUGUAUUUUCUUUGAAUUUUUUUUUUUAAAAAUUGAAUGAGUAAAUGUUUGUAUGAGAAACAUUUUUAGCAAUGUGAAAACUAAGGGGAGUUAUGUGUAAUCUGACCUUCACGAAAGAAAGAUUUGUUGGAUAGUUAUUUGGAGUGUAUGCUUUAAUCACACAUCAAAAACUAUACUAAUACCCUACUAGGCCUGGGCAAAAAAACCGGAACCGAAAAACCGAACCGGAACCAAACCGAAAUACCCAAAACUAGAACCGGACCAAAACCUUCAAAUAUUCGAACGGUUCCUAUAUUUCUAUAUCUGAAAUAAACGAACUGAACCGAGAACCGAAUGUGUACCCGAAUAUAUAAAAAUAUUAAUUAUAUAUACAUAUAAUAUAACUAAAUAUAUAUUUUAAUUUAAAGAUCUGUUAAAGUAUCCGAAAAUAGUUGAGGAUAACUAAAUUAUUAUAAAGUAUCUGAACUAUCCAAAAGUAUCCGGCUAGUUUUAUCUAAAAUAUCCAAAGUAAUCAAAAAUAUCCAAAAUUCUUAUCUAAAUCAUCUUCUUUAUUUGAUAUUUUACCCUAAAUAACCGAUAUUUUAUCUGAAUUAUCCGAACUACCUGAACUACCCGAACUAUCUGAACCGGAACCGGAACCAAAUGAAUAUUUUCCGAGUAUCUUCCGGUUUUUAGUUUUACUAUCCGAACCGAACCCGAAGCUAUCUGAACCGAACCAAACCGAAAAAAGGUCAAAUAGUAAAUGGAUCCUCUAGCCUCCUAUCCAAACUACCUAAAACCCGAAAUACCCGAACCGAACCGAACCGAUACCCAAAAUGCUCAGGCCUAAUACCUAGUUUACAAAAAAAAAUACUAAUACCUACAAGUCAAGAAAAAAAAAACUAGACUAAUAUCCAAAUUAAUAUGUGGUCGAUCAUGGCUUAAAUCGCAACAUAAGAAUUCAUAUUCAACUCACAAUAGUGAAUGUUCGACAAAUUUAUUUUUCUUUUUUUGACAUAAAAAACAAUUAUAUUCUUCAAAUUUGAAGUGAUCUGGAGAUUUGGAGUAAAAUAGCCAGCAAAAAUAAAAAUAAAAUUUAUGAAAAUCUCGUGUGCAAUCUUGACCAAAGUGUUUACUGUCCGGUUUCGUGUUUUUGGUAUGUAUGUGAUCUUGAAGUCCUCAAACCUUCUUGUAGUAUCGUUAUCUCUGUUAAUUCUAUUGAAAAACUUGGCCAUAUUCGCAAAUUCUGAAUAACUGAAAUGACAUCCUUGCCAUAUGUCCCAAAAUGCAGAUAUGUCGAAAAUGAGAACAUAUUAUUUAUUGGCCAAACAAGUGCAUCUAAUUCUGAAUGCAAAAGUGACAAGCAUAUUUCUUUGUUUUUCAACUCAAGGAGUUGUUCAUUUCCAGACUCAUCUAACCAAAUUCUUCCAUAUCAAUUGUACUAUGAAUCUGAAGUCCAUGAUCCAUCUAUCAAACAAAUAUGCUGUAAGCAUAAGGCUUUUGUAUUUCGUGUCUGUGUUUUUUCUAAGCUCUUUGAAUUUGCAUUAAACCAUGUGUAGUAUUCACUUUUAGCAUGUCUUAUUAGCUCUAGCGGCUCUUGUAAUCUCUUAAACAAUUUAUCAUUACGUGCUUUUUUAAAGAUAUAUCUAUACUAUUAAAAGGGAAUCAUUCUAAAAAAAUCUACUUAAAAAAAGUUAUUGGACCCUUUCCUUAGACUUAAAUAUUUUUUUGGUCUUACCUUAUAUAUUUCUAACAAUAAGUUAGUCAAUAACAUUAUACCAUAGAUUUGCCUAUUUUUACUCCUUCCUUUUUUUGAGUUAUCAUAUAAUUGAUCAAAUAUUUCUCUAAGAUUAUUUUAGUCAAUUUGCUAACGUAUUAUACAAAAUGGUUUGGUCGACUAAAACACGAACCAAAACAAUAAUUGUAUCAGCUCUCCAAUAAAUAAUUAUGUCAACCGUCAUUUUAACAGCUUGAGUAAUGUAUUUAUGUUCAGAAAAUGCAUACAUAUAAUCACAUUGUUAUCACAUUUUGAUUCAUUAUAUAAGUAGAUUUCUAUUUCCAUAUUUUUAACAUGUUAGCAUCAUACUAUAUGGGUUUAUCUGGUAUAACACAAACUACGGUAAUUACUAUGUUUACUUUGUUUUCUAAAUGAUGAUAAAACUCUAAAAAGAAUUUGAGAUCAACAGAGAUGAUUAUAAUAAACUGUAAAAAAGCUCAUGUUGGUAUGAUAUGGAAAAAAUCGUAACAUACCAUUUAACUACAAUAAUUUAAUAUAAAGCUUAAAAUCUAUUGUUACCUUAUUGUUCAAAUAAUUUCUUAUAAUUUUCAGAUGAUUGAAUAUUUGAAUUUAAUUGAGAUCUUUAGAUAUGAUUUGAAUUUUAUUUAAACUAAGAUUACUGGAUCUUACCAAAUAUCUAACAACUUUGGUAAACGUAACUCUAAUAAUAUACUUGCAUGAUCUCAUUAUUUUUCAAUAUACAGAAGCAUAAAAUAUAUGUGAAAUAUAGUCUCAUAUUCAUUAUAAAUGAAAUAGACCAAAAUAUACACAUAUAAGCUUCAAAUUACCACAAAUUUUCUAUAAUUAGUGAAGAUUUGCCACGGUUUAGUAUAAAAUUUAAAGAAGUUAUUGUAUCAUCAAAAUCAAACAGGCUUGGAUAUUUUACCCGGACCCGAUAAUCUGAAACCAAAACUGAUUCAAAAAUAUUCGAUCCGAAACCAAACCGAAAAUUUAAAGUAUGUAUUGGAUCGGAAAUUAUUCUAUCUGAAAGAACAUGAACCAAAAAAAAAACAAAUAGACUCAACCUGAUAAAAACCAAUUAA